AAAAUGGGGUGAUUCCUGCAAGAAAUGCUCUUUGCAGCCAGAAGUACAAACCUGUUGACUACAAACAUCUGCAUGAACUUGCUGCAGAGGCAAAAAUGGCCUCUGCAAAAACCCAGUUAAAGAUUAAAAAAACAGAGCAAGUUUCAAAAAUUGCCAGAGAGCAAAUGCUGCUGAAACAGCAUCGGCAGGUGUGGUGGCAGGAGCAUAAGAGGCUGAGGGAGAGCAGGCAAAAAGCAGAGGGAGAAAUAAGGACUUUUCUGGCUGAAGCAAGCCAUAAGCACAACUUUCUUUUGGAUCUGAGGGACUUGGAGCAGGAGCUGUGUGAGGAGAGGGACACUCACCGAGCAAACACUGUGGCUCCUGUCUGGCAGCUGAGGGAGGAUCUGGAGCUCCAGCUGGCUGAAAUGCAGCAUCACCUCGCAGGAGAAUCUUGUCAGAAACCUGAGAUCCGUUCCCAUGAGCUGUUACAGCAGAUCGAAUUUGUGAAGAAGCAACAGAAGGCAGUUUUGGAAGUUCUCAGCCUGGAAAGUCUGGCUUUGGAAAGAGAGCUGGAAGACUACAAAGCCAAAGUAUCAGCACUCUCUGGUGAGGAGGAAAGUGGGCUCUUGCUGGAAGUUCCUCCUGAGCUGCUGUCUCUGGAGUGCCCCCAGCCUGACCUGCAGACCUCAGUGGUGGACGAGUACCGACAGCUUGCCAGUGGGUACUGGGCAAAGCUUCGGGAGAUGGAUCAGCAGCUGGAAGGGUUAGAGAGGAGCAGUGACUGGAAGAAAGAAGACCAGUGGGUUUUCCAGACUGUUAUCGAUCAGUAUCCGAGUGAUCUCCAGAGGAGGAGGACUUUGUACCUGGAUAUGUUGCAGAGAUACCUUCCCCACAAAUCCAGGCACGAGCUGGUUGUCCAUGAGAAACUUUGGGAGCACUGCCAUUCCAUCAGGGCUCGGCGCAGAGCUCUGCUGUUAGGCUGGGCCCGAGCUAGGAAAGCCUUCGUCCUUCGAGCUCUGGCCACGGCUGCUGACGCUGCUGCUGCUCACGAGGCAGAAGUGGUGCUGGCUGAUUCUAGGCAGAAGCAACAGGAUAUCUGUGCUGAGCUGAAAGCAAAGGUGCUACAGUGGAAAGCACAGCAGGAAGAAGCUGCUGAACUAGAAGCUGCUGUAGCUGCCAGAAGAAAAGAAAAGGAAGAUGAGAAAGAAAGGCUACAGAGAGAACAGGCAACUCUUCGUAGAGCUCAGGAGAAAGAGAAACUGAAAAAAUACUGGGCUGAAAAACAGCUCAAGUGGCAAGAACAGGAGGAGAGAGAUCUACAGCGUCUGGAGGAGCUGAGGAAAUUAAUGGCUGAACAAGCAGCUAAAGACAGAGAAAGGGUGCAGCUCCGGCGGGCACAGCUGGAGCAGAGGCUGAUGGAGAGGUUGGCACGACGUGAGGCCCAGGAGCAGCAGCAGCAGGAGCAGGAGAGACGCCUGGACGCUCUGCGGCAGCAGGUUGCUGUUGUUGCACAAGCAGAUCCAGCCAGGGCAGUGUCUCAUACGGUGGCAUCGAGGGCACGGAUGGGCAUUGGAGCCAACCAAGAGUUUCAGCUCCAGCAGCCACUGUUCAGUCUGCACACCUACAGUGAGGAGCAGGUGAUUUCUGACCCCAGGCUCCGCGUGGAGCUCGCCCUUCGGGAGAUUGGGCUGCACAGAACACCCUAUGCAAGGGAGAUUCUGCCAAAGCUUCCUCCGCCAAAGCUUCCAAGAAGAGACAUGGAAUCCACAGUUUUUGAAGUGCAGAGCACCUCUCAUCUGGGCAGCGAG